AGCAAGUCGGGUGCUAACCUGCAGGUUUGGUGUGCACAUCGUUAUAACUAUCGGUACCGACCUUUGUGCUCAAAAUGGAUGCAGAUUCUUAUGUUCCAGGUUCUCAAGUAACAUUCACUACACAUCGUUCAAAUCGCCGGCUGAUAAUAGUGGUUCUUAGUAUUUUAUUAUUAGCUGUAGUAAUUGGUGUAGUAGUGUAUUUUUCUACCAAUACUGAUGAGAAUUACAGUCCAACUAAAUUAGAAAAAUCAGAUAAUAACAGUGACGCAGUAACCCCAGUAUUAAUAGAUUGUUAUCCUGAAAAUGGUGCGAAUGAAACCAGAUGUGAAGAGAGAGGAUGUAUUUGGAGGGAGCAGAAAGGAGCUAGUGCUCCAUGGUGUAUUUAUCCGGAAGGACAUGGAUAUCUGUUGAAAGGUGAAAUGGUAGAGUCAGAUCAAGAUUUAACUGGUGAGCUAACAAGGAUCGAUACACCAAGAAUUUACCGAGGAGAUAUUUAUGACACACUUGUAGUUUCUAUUGAAUAUCAAACUGAAAGUCGGCUACGGAUCAAGAUCUCGCCUAAAGGUAUAAAGAGAUAUGAAGUACCAAAGGAAGCCUUGGAUAUCAUCUCUCCCAGUACACCACCAACAGCUGAUCAACAACUGUAUGAAGUUUCAGUAAUAAAAGGGCCUCCACAAUUUGGUAUUAAAGUGAUGAGGAAGAAUUCUAAUGUCACAGUAUUUUCUUCUGAUGUACCUGGUUUAACAUUUACUGAUCAGUUUCUACAGAUAACAACUAGACUACCAUCUUCUAAUCUUUAUGGUUUUGGUGAACAUAAUCAUCGUAGAUUUCAACACGAUAUGAACUGGAAAACAUGGUCUAUGUUUACUAGAGAUAUUGGGGUUGGGGGACCAGAAAAUCUAUACGGAGUUCAUCCGGUUUACAUGAAUCUAGAAAAUGACGGAAAGGCCACAAUGGUUUUAUUGAAAAACAGCAAUGCAAUGGAGAUAACAUUACAACCAGAUCCUAACCCAGCUGUAACAUACCGUGUUAUUGGAGGUGUUCUAGAUUUCUAUAUUUUUAUGGGACCAACUCCAGAACAGGCUGUUCAGCAGUAUCUCGAGGCUAUAGGUAAACCAAUGAUGCCACCCUACUGGGCUCUAGGAUUUCAACUAUGUAGGUGGGGUUAUAAAGAUUUAGAUGAUAUGAAAAUGGUAAUUCGGCGAAAUCGAGAAGCUGGUAUACCAUAUGAUGUCCAAUGGGGUGAUAUAGAAUACCUGUAUAAGAAAUACCUAUUUACAUAUGAUCGAGGAUUAUGGAAAGAUUUACCACAAGUGGUCGACGAUCUUCAUGAUAAUAACCAAUAUUUUAUAGUCAUUGUCGAUCCUGCUGUUGGAUCUGAUCCACAGUUAAUAAAAGAAGCUAAGAUAAACAGUCCAGGUUAUGAUAUGUAUGAUGAUGGUGUUCGACAAGAUAUCUUUAUUAAAAAUGCUUCAGGUGAUGUUUUGAUUGCUGAGGUAUGGCCAGGUAAAACAGCUUACCCUGAUUUUACUAAUCCCAAAACAGAAGAUUAUUGGCUCAAAUGGAUGUCCUUUUUCUAUAGAAAUGAAGACAUUAAAUAUGAUGCAUUGUGGAUUGAUAUGAACGAACCGUCUAGUUUUGUACCAGGAUCUAUUUAUGGUUGUGAAAAUACAACAUGGGAUUAUCCUCCAUAUGUUCCACAUAUAUUCGGUGCUGGUGAUGAGGGUAAAAUGUAUGAUAAAACAUUAUGUAUGACAAGUGAACAAUACUGGGGGAAACAUUAUGAUGUUCAUAGUUUAUAUGGUCAUAGUCAUUCUAUACAGACAUACAAUGCUCUUCUCAGACAGUUUCCUGAGAAACGACCCUGGACGAUGACGAGAUCUAAUUUUGUAGGAACUGGUAAAUAUGCUAGUAAAUGGAUGGGAGAUAAUCAGAGUAUUUGGCCACAUCUUCACUGGUCCAUUAUCAGCAUCAUGGAAUUUAGUAUGUUUGGAUUUGCUUUGAAUGGAGCUGAUAUUUGUGGAUUUUGGUUUGAAGCAGAAUAUGAAAUGUGUAUAAGAUGGCAUCAACUGGGAGCUUUUUAUCCUUUUGCUAGAAACCAUAAUGGUCGUGGUGAUGAUCCUGUUAUUUUCAAGCAUCAAGAUCCAGCAGCGUGGGACCAGAGAUUUAUAGAUAUAGUUAAACCUGUUUUAAUGACAAGAUAUCGUCUACUACCAUAUUUAUAUACUUUAAUGUUUAAAGCACAUCAGUAUGGUGACAUGGUUAUGAAAGCUCUGUUAUUUGAAUUUCCGACAGAUAAGCAGACAUGGAGAUUAGAUAAACAGUUUUUAUUGGGAUCUGCACUACUUGUAUCACCCGUUUUACAACAGGUGCAGUUUUAUCAAAUUAUUAUUAUCACCAGUAUUACAACAGGUACAGUUUUAUCAAAUUAUUAUUAUCACCAGUAUUACAACAGGUACAGUUUUAUCAAAUUAUUAUUAUCACCACUAUUACAACAGAAUCAAACGACAGUUGAAGCAUACUUUCCACAGUCUAGAUGGUAUGAUUAUAUGACAGGAGAAGAAGUACUAGCAGUUGGUCAAAUACAAAAUUUAUAUACACCAUUAGAUAAAUUUAAUCUUCAUAUCAGAGGUGGCUAUAUUAUACCAGUACAACAACCAGAUACAACAACUUAA